AUGAGGAUCGAGAAGAAAAUCGUGAUCGUCGGUGACGGCGAGAGCGGUAAAACGUGCCUGUUACACGUGUUCUUCGAGGACGUCUACCCAGACGUGUACAUGCCAACGGUGUUCGACACCUUCUGGACCGACAUCGAAGUGGACGGGAAAACGGUGUACCUGACGAUCUGGGACACGGCCGGCCAAGAAGACUACGACCGGCUGCGACCGCUCUCAUACCCCGACUCGGACGCGGUGAUUGUGUGCUAUUCGAUUGACACGCCGAAAUCGUUGAUCAACGUGAUCGAUAAAUGGGUACCGGAGGUGCGGUACUUCUGUCCGGCAGUGCCAAUCGUGUUGGUGGGCAACAAGAAGGACCUGCGGAACACAUCGGCAGAAACCGGCACUACCGUCAAGGUCCGGGCACCGAUGCUGAGCACGGACGCGGGCAGAACGGUCGCCAACGAGAUCGGAGCUUUCGCGUUCGUCGAGUGUUCGGCGAUGACCCGGGACGGCGUUCAAGACGUGUUCAGAGCCGCAGUGAAGGCCAUGCGACGCGAGCACAAACACGGUCAGUGCGUUUUGCUUUAA